AUGAGUGUUGCUCAUUACGCAGCUUUCAACCGUCAUAGAAGCGAGAGGUUCCGACUGCAAUCGUACAGAUAUCACAGUCGCACCAAUAAGAUGUUGCAGGAAGCAAUGCAAAUAGAAGGCUUUGCGACGGAUGACAAGAUCGUUACAACCAUCUUACUCAUGUGCAUGCUCAAGGACAUCAGCGGCGAAGGAUCUGGCAACUCCCAGGAUCAUGCACCCGGGCUCUUCUACCUCUUGGAACAAAGGGGGACGGACCAGAUCAUCUCCAAAAUAGGUGCUCAGUUGUUCCUCCUGGCUCAUCUGAGACUGCAAACCUACUCAUUUCUGAACGAGGACGACAGAUACAGCGACCCUGGAGCAAUAAAAUCAUUGCUAGGCAUGUUUGACCCUCUCAUCCGGGCAAUGUCUAUGAUGUCCAGAGUAUUGUCGCUCAGGAACACUCUGACGCGCAUACGAAUGUCUUUCGAGGCACUGGAGGAUUUCGCCCGUUGGGAUGCCGAAGCCGGUGCGUACUGGGAACAAAGCUUUGUCGGUCGUACCGUUCCGACCAUGCUAGGCCAAGUUGCAUCUGGCAUGACAUCCUACGAUGCUGAUAUGGCUUGUAUCAUCAUCUUGAUCCGAUCUCCGCGCCUGAUACUCCUACUAACCAUGCUUCUGUGUUACGGUAAAACGCAAACCGGCCCUGUUGCAUGCCGCAGUACGCAAGAAGACAGCGCUGCUUGGGAAGCAUGCGUCUCAUUCUUGGAGGAUGAUGUUCGGAAGACCAUCGACGACAUCCUCCACAGCGUACCGUAUAUACUAGGGGAUCUUUCUUCAGAUGGACAGCCGGCUUCAAUGCCGCAUGACGGAGCUAGUGCCUUCAUUAUUGUUCAAUCCAUAAGACUCGUCGCCUACUGCGCGUACAGCACGCCAGAUCAGCUUUAG